AUGAGUCAAGCUGAGGAAAACAGUAUCCACUCGACAUGGAAUAUUGUGAGGUCAGUAGUCUGCAUAAUACUGAGCCUGUCAUUUAUUAUUGGGACCCCUGGAAAUUGCAUCGUCAUCUGGACUGUUUGUAGAAAAAUGAAGCAAGUAUCUCCUUCAGUUCUGCUGAUUUUGAACCUGGCCAUUGCAGAUGUCCUUGUGCUGAUUACUUUACCAAUUUGGAUUUACUCCUUUGCUGACUCAUGGGUUUUUGGAGUCAUCUUCUGCAAAAUACUGGUUUUCAUUAUUUACUGCAGCAUGUAUGCUAGUAUAUUUCUAAUUACAGCACUGAGCUUGGAGCGGUUAAUGUCUGUGUUUUACCCUUUCACAAUUCAAAGAUACAAAACAAAAGAAAAGAUUUCUUUAAUCAUGUUCCUCAUUUGGUUCCUGUCUAUUACUUUUGGCAUUUCUGUCAUUCCAUUUCAAGAAACAGAAGAAAUGAACGGUGGACUACUAUGCACAUGUCGCAACUACUCUUCUAAUAGACAGAAAGUCUCAUACCUUUUGCUAGAGACUCUUGCGGGUUUUGUGAUCCCUUUUUUAAUUAUAUGCACUUGUUACAUGUGUGUUGCAAGAAGAAUAAGCAGAAUGACUUACCCAUCUAAGCGGCGAUCGGAACGGCUCAUUGCCAGCAUUGUGGUGGCAUUCAUUCUAUGCUGGUUCCCUCAUCACCUCUUUAACAUCCUAGAUAUUAUUUCAAUUCAGAUAGAACUCUCUAAUGAGGAAAUGUCUUUGGCACUGGAUGAAAUUGUAGACAGGGGAGUGUACAUCUCUGGAGCACUUGUAUUCAUCAGUAGCUGUAUUAACCCUCUACUUUAUGCUUUUGCUGCACGAAGAUUUCAGAAUCACCUAAGAUUUGCCAAGAUAUCAAAGCUGUUUGAACAGAUGAGUCAGACUGUAACAGAGGAAGACAAGAAAAAAGGUUUGGUUGUAACCAAACAAGAAGAUACUUUACUAAGCACAGAAAAUCUCUAA